AUGAUAUGCCCUCUUUCACUAAAUGAUGAUGUGUCGAGCAACAUGAAACGUAAAGGAGGAUUAUUGAUUUUUUUGGCAGACCAUAUCAGAUCACCAGCAUCUCCAAAAAACAAUACAUCUGCUGAACAAACGUUCAUUUCUGCAUCGUCUCCAAAACCAACUUCCGAUGAUGUUACCUCUUCAUCUUCGUCUGACAUUUCGUCUUUAACAUCUUCGUCAUCCACAUCGGCAGUCAGUCCAAAAAUCGAUGCUAAACUUUCCUUCAAAACGCCAGCUCAGCAACAACGUACAGAAGAAUUAAAUGAGCGAUUUCGUCCAGAUGAACCACAUAGACCACCGUUAGAAGCUGGUCAAACGGCAUUACAUCAAACGAUAUUGGAAAUGACAACACCACAUGCGUCAGCCGAUGAUCGUCGACGAACAGAAACAUUAUGUAGUAUUAAAACAUUAGAUGAUCUUUGUAAUGAGUUAAAUAAACGUGGAUUUCAACUCAGUCGUUCAGCUACUUACUUACGCUUGUUACCCACACAAUUAUUUUUACCUGCCGCUUUUGAUUUUAGGAAAAGACACGUUCACACUGUGUCAGUGGUAUUAGUUCGAGCACAAAACACGGGACGAAAACAACAUUCGGACACCAUUACUUAUUUGAAAGAUUUGGCACAAUUAUUCGGACCAUUAUCUAUAUUCGUUCUGUCACAAGAUGAUAAAGCUCGUGUUCUACUAGGUCUUCCUGCAGCCAAAAAACAAGCUCCUAUUUUAAUUCAUCUGGAAUAUCGUGUACGAUUACCGGAUCAUGAUUUUGUUAUCGCUGAUCGACACAAGUUAAUAUCAUCAGUUUAUGCCGAUUUAGCUUUCAAGAAUCAUAGUAUUUCAUAUUCAGGACCAACAUUUAUAGCUAUUAGAUCAGGAAAACAUGACAGUUCAACGGCAUAA